AUGGAAGUCAAAACCGGAAUCAAGGAGCUGGAUGACAAAAUAAGUGAGUGGUUAAAUUUUAACAAGGAUCCAGAAGCUAAAAAUGAAGUCCUGGAGCUUGUGUCCCAAGGAGAUGUUAAAUUACUCAGUAAAUUAUUUUUACAACGAUUGGAGUUCGGUACUGCGGGACUUAGAGUAUGUCCAACGCCGUACAUACCCUUUGGAGUCCAGAAGUACAAGUGUGCCGCGGGAAUAAUGAUUACUGCUUCGCAUAACCCGAAGGAAGACAACGGGUACAAAGUCUAUUGGGAGAACGGCGCGCAAAUAAUUUCUCCUCAUGACAAAGGAAUUUCUAAGUACAUUCUCCAGAAUCUGGAGCCUGCUGAGGAAGCAUGGAUUACGAGUGGAAUUUAUUCCUCUCGACUUUACAAAGAUCCGCUGGAUGAGGUAAUGUCUUCCUACAACAAAUUGAUCAGAGAUGACACUAUUUACCCGGAGGUUAAUGGAAAUACUAGUUUAAUUUUUACUUACACCGCCAUGCAUGGCGUUGGGUAUGAAUAUAUGUGUCAAGCGUUCAAAGCUGCCAAUUUUAAGGAAUUUGUAGCAGUGGAAGAACAAAAAUUACCCGAUCCUGAUUUUCCAACUGUUAAAUUUCCAAAUCCAGAGGAAGGAAAGAGUGCAUUAGAUUUAAGUAUUAAGACUGCUGAGGCUAAUGAGUCCAGUGUGAUACUCGCUAAUGAUCCUGACGCUGAUCGAUUGGCUUGCGCUGUUAAAAAAGAAACUGGAGAUUGGCAUGUAUUUACCGGAAACGAACUAGGAGCUCUUCUAGGCUGGUGGAUGUUGCAUCGAUACCGUGUAAAAUUCCCAGACAAAAAUAUAUCUGACACAUACAUGAUGGCUUCCACAGUUUCUAGUAAAAUUCUUGCCUCUAUGGCUAAAAAAGAAGGCUUUAAAUUUGAAGAAACUUUGACGGGAUUCAAAUGGAUGGGAAACAGAACUUAUGAGUUGAAAAAAAUUAACAAGCAAGUGUUGUUUGCCUUCGAAGAAGCUAUUGGAUUCAUGUGUGGCGAUAAUGUCCUAGAUAAAGAUGGAAUUUCUGCUGGAGUUCGUGUCGCUGAGAUGGCUGCUUAUCUUGAGACUAUGGGAUUGACUUUGUUGGAUAAAUUGAAUGAGAUUUUUACGGAGUAUGGUAGACAUAUUAAUGACAAUUCUUAUUGGAUUUGUCAUGAACAAGAAAUUAUUAAAAAAAUUUUUGAACGUUUGAGAAAUUUUGAGGGCAAACCUAACACUUAUCCAUCAAGUAUCUCAGGAGGAAAAUACACAAUAAUAGGAAUCCGUGAUUUAACAACUGGUUACGAUAAUACGCAAAUAAAUAACAAAGCGAUUUUACCUACGUCAAAGUCAAGCCAAAUGAUAACUUUUACAUUUGCAAAUGGGCUGGUAUGUACUCUAAGGACCAGCGGAACCGAGCCAAAAUUAAAAUAUUACACGGAAUUGUGCGCCUCUCCAGAAAUCCAAGACCUUAAUGUACUGAAUGAUAUCUUAAGUGAAAUGGUAUCGUCAAUAGUAAAGGAGUUCUUGCGCCCGGAAUCAAAUGGAUUGAUAGCGCGUUUUCUCCGACCAUUCGACCACUUCUUGGGAGCUUCUACAUAAAAGCCUAUACACUCUUCAUUCAAGUAAUCCAUUAAAACCCUAACACUACAUUUAACUCCACGGUCUUUAAUCAUACCGUGCAAAGUUUCCAGCGGAAGCGAUUCAUACAUCAAAACUUUCCUAUGAAGAUCAUCAUCUUCCCCAAAAACUCUAUUAUUAUCAUCUUCAUCAUCCGUCCGCAAGAGGGAGUCAAUUCUCCAUUUAUAUUCUUCUUGCUUAUCAAAAAAACCCGAUUUUUUUUGUACAAUUUCUUCAGGAAUUAACGGAUUAAGCGACUCAUAAAUGUAAGUAAGUAAUUUUACCGCGCGGUGGCGCUUUUGGUUUUUUAAACCAUAUAAAUUUAACUUUCGGUUUAACUCUGGGGUAGAAAGAAGACUAUAGUCAAUUUUUGGGUCAAUAUUUAAAGAUAUAGUGACUUUUUCUUCAUUUAAUUUUAAAUAAUUACAUAUUUCUUCUUUAUUAAUUUUUUCUUUAUUUAUUUCUUCUUUAUUUAUUUCUCCUUCAUUUAAUUGUUUUUUAUUUAUUUCUUCUUUAUUUAUAAUUUUUUUAUUUAUUUCUUCUUUAUUUUUUAAAUUAAAAGAAAAAUCACUCUUGCUUUUAUUAAUCAACAAUCUUUUCUUCUUAACCGGCGAAACACUAGUUGAUCUUCUUAACCUCAAAUUAGAACUACUAGAUGGUGCCUGUGUUGAAGUUACAAAACUACCUUCAGCAGCACCUUCAAAAAUAGCCCGCGAAAAUUCAAACGAGUCUCUAGAAUCAUCAGAUAUUAAAAUAGGCGACUUAGGAGUCGGAGAAAUAACUCCGCAUUCUCUUAAAAUAUUUGUGAGGUUAGAAGUUAUUGUUUUUCCCUGUGAAGCUAUGUCUUGACUAAGACUUAGAGAAGUCGAGUUUUUUUUUUUUUUACCGAAAACAUUUCUUCGUCCGACUCAACAACUAAGUCUUCAGACCUUUGUCUCUUACAACUCUUGUCUUCUUCCUUUUCUUCAUCACUUAAGGUUAGGUCCAAAACAGAUUCUUCAUCAAUAUUUCCUUCAGGUUUGUAUAAAUCGUACCUAGAUAAUUCUUGUAAAUAUAGUUGAUUUGUUGUUGAUAUUCUUCUCGUUUCUUCUUUACUAAAACUCUGAUUUUUAAAAGAAUCUUUUGAUUUAUCAUCUUCAUCUAAACUAAUAACAAAAUCAUCAUCUUCAAAAUUAUUUUUAUCAAAUUCAAGUGAUUUUUGACUCGAAACACUUUUUUCUAAAUUUUUAUCUUCUUCCACGAUGGCGUCUUUUUCUAUUUCAACAUUUGAACCAACAGAUGGCGCUGGGCUGCAAAAACCUGAGAAUUGUUGUCCAUUUGAGCCAACAGAUGGCGCUAGGCUCUUAAAACCUUCUGAGUCUUCUUCAUCUACAUUAAUAACCUUAUCAGAAUGAAAAGAUUGACUAUAACCUUUAAAUUCAACAGAUUUUUGUAAACAAAAAGACUUUUCUACUAUUUUAUCAACAAAAUCAUCAUCUUCAAAAUCAUUUUCAUUAAAGUCAAUAUCAAGAAGAGAUUUUUGACUUUUUUCUAAAUUUUUAUCAUCAACUUUAACCUCUAAAUUACUUUCUAAGAUGGCGUCUUUAUCUGUUUCGAUAUUUGAACCAACAGAUGGCGCUGGACUGCAAAGACCUCGUUCUGAGACUUCUUCAUCUACAUCAAUAACUUUGUCAGAAUUAAAUGAUUGACUAUAACCUUUAAAUUCACCAGAUUUUUGUAAACUAAAAGACUUUUCAAUUAUUUCAUCAACAAAAUCAUCAUCUUCAAAAUCAUUUUCAUUAAAGUCAAUAUCAAGAAGAGAUUU